CGGCCUACUUCAGGUUGGUGACCGACCGGGUGAUGUUACGAAACGAAGGAGAAAGUGGCUAUAAAUAUAGGUUAAACAACAGCGCAUCCAAGAUUUGAACAGGGAGAACAGGUUGGGCUUUCGAACCCUGAGAAGGAAGAAAUGGCCACAGUAGAUAGUCCAGUGGAAGUAGAAGGUGCCACAGCUGCUGCUGCUGCUACCAGUACAAGUAGUGAUGGACUCACACACUCCAUGCGCAAAAAUGGCAGGUUUGUGAACCCCUGGCCAGGUUGGGCCCUGCCCUCCUUUACAGGCUCACCAAACAUGUUCCACUUGAUGUGGAAGUUUACCACAGGCUCAGGGGACCAGAGUUCUAUUCCCAGUCAGCAGGUCCUGGACACCACCCUUCCUGUAGUAACACCAGACUUCAGCAGCCCAGUUCCAGAGGAUGGCAUGAAGGUAACAUGGCUCGGCCAUGCCUCUGUUCUCGUUCAGUUCGAAAACAUCAGCGUUCUCACCGACCCAAUCUUCAGCCAGCGCGCCGCACCGUUCCAGUUCAUGGGUCCGAAACGAUACCGCGGUCCUCCGUGUAGCGUUCAGGACCUCCCCGAUGUUGACGUGGUCGUUAUCAGCCAUAACCACUACGAUCACCUAGACUAUAACACGGUUAAGGACUUACACAAGAGGUUUGGGGAGAGACUGCGCUGGCACGUGCCACUGGGUUUGUCGCCGUGGAUGAAGAGCAUCGGGUGUGAAAACGUGGUAGAACAGGAUUGGUGGCAGGAGGAACGCGUGAAGGACCGCGACGACAUCAAAGUCGUGCUCACGCCCGCGGCGCACUGGUGCAAACGCGGUCCGACAGACGACAACCUGGUCCUGUGGGGGAGCUGGUGCGUGAUUGGACGGAGGUCUCGCUUCUUCUUUGGCGGAGACACAGGGUACUGUCACGGCUUCAAGGAGAUCGGGAAAAAGUAUGGUCCGUUCAACCUCGCAGCUAUUCCUAUAGGAGCCUAUGAACCAAGGUGGUUUAUGAAGAGCCAACAUGUGUGUCCUGAAGAAGCUGUUCAGAUUCACAUGGAUGUUGAGGCCAGGAUGUCACUAGGCAUCCACUGGGGAACCUUCAAACUCAUUUCCACAUCAUUCGAGGGCUACUUGGAGCCAAGGUCAAAGGUUAAGGAAGCCAUGGAGGCCAAGGGGUUAAAGGUCGAGGACUUCUUCACACUGGACCAUGGCGGGUCAAGGGUCAUUCCCAUUCCACAGGCUGACCCCAGCAUUGAGAAGGAGACAGCCACAUAGAGAGGUCACAUAGUAAGGGUUGUCAUACUGAUACAGGGCUCGAAAUACAGCACAAUAUGCACAAUGCGCUUUGUAUAGGACUUAGGAUGGUAAACAAUUUUUGCAUCCAUCAAGAAAAAGGCAAAGAUAUAAUAUUCAUCAUUAUGCAUAACUGGCCUAAGAAAUGACUGAUCAUAGAAAAAUCAGCACCUUUUAAAAGACUUUCAAUCCUUCAAUCCUUUCAAACAAUCCUGGUAGCAUACCUUUAUACUGCAGCGUGGAAGCAUGUAGAUAACAAUUUGGAAGUUCUGUAAAUAUAGAGGUGAAACUCUGCAAAGCUUGACACUGUUGAAUGCUACUUAAAUGUUGCAUGAGAUUAUAAUUAGUGCCUAUUGCCUAUUCUACAAUACUGUCAUUAUAAAAGUACAAGCAUGAUUUGUCUAUACAGGAUGAUCUCAAUAAGAGAAACUGCAAUUUUUAAUGAUUUUACUCUUUAAAGUUUUUACUUCUUAUCAAUAAAGGACAUGAUACAUUCCCACUGAA